AUGACGGCACGCAGAAACGUGCGCGCCGCGGUCGCCCUGACGGCGGCCGUCGCGCUGUAUUGCGCCGCGGCAGCGGCCGGAGCCGGAGCGGCCGUCCCGCAGACGGAAUUUUCGGAUACGCGCGCGCUGAUGGACACGGUGGACGGGCUGCUGGACGCGGCCGACUCGUACCAGCUGGCGCCCGGCGUCCGCGUCAAGAGGUCCGUCGACGCGCGGACAGCGCGGUCCGACGAGGACAUGGAGGCGGCGGCCCGGCCCUACCGCGAUGACGAUCCCGAGAAGUAUUUGAUCUACAGGGUGGCCCGGUACGCCGGCACUCACGUUUUGGACGUCGACUUUUCCGAGAUGUUCCGAUCGGCCGGCAGGUCUUUCGUCAAACUCGGAUUGCGUGAGUAAAUCGUAAACGUUUAAUGGGAUCACACGACACGCGUGUCGCGGGCAAACGUAAUAAUAGCGUUAUUGUUUUUGACAAAGGAAAUUCAUUUUUCGAUUAUCGUUUUUCAAUACUUUUAAUCCGAGACAGCGCUAUUGUUUCGUUGAAACGGAUUACUUUCAAAUCGUACAACGCCGCCUCUGCCGAGAACUCGAAUGUUCUGCGAAAACCGAUUUGUUAUUACCGUAACGGUAAUCCGCGUGUACGGAUCAUCCAGCAAUGCAUAUUCUCGCGUUGCAAUUUAUUAUCGACCAGUACCGCGGUUUUAACCGUGUGUUUAUCUACAUACGUACGGCGUGACCGCACGGUUUAAGAAGCCUAAUGAAAAUAAUAACAUUUCGCGGUUGCGCGAUACGUGCAUGCGGCGUACGUACGAACUAAUACAUGAUGAAAGUCGGCAAGCGCAGCGUAGCGUUCCCACCAAAAUCGAAAUAGAUAUUUUGUUCCGCUCGUUUCACCCGGGAAAUAUUAAUGGGUCGCGUUAUAAUAGCAAACGGAUUAAUACGGCUUUGAAAACAAUAAAAAAAAACUCGUGGCAUCUAUGUGUACAAAUGUAUGUACAAAAAUCGCGCGUACGAGUUCACGUGCGACGGACUCUGAAACUACUCGACCGAUUUUGAUAGGAUACGUGCGGUACGGUCCGACUUAAAAGACAGGACAGUGUUCGUCUCGGUCCAUCACCUAGACGCGGGUAAAACGAGGCGUGGAAAUUAAAUUGUUUUUCGUCGGAUCGCGGGUCGCUUUAGCUACGCGGAUGGAAUGGAAAACAAUUUAGGACCAAAAUAAACAAUAAACGGGAAUACAAAUGCCGUAACGGCAAUAACGACUUGAAAUGUUACGAUAAGAGUCCGUCCGACCGACCGCGUGCGCCGAUCAAUUAUGCCGGCCUGAAACAACUCGAUAGCGCGGACGAAAGAGAAAACAAAAAAACCUGCGCGCCGCGCUCGACGGGUGUGGUGACACGCGGAAACCCACGUAAAACGUCGUCUUCGAAUUUUCGUAAUUUUUCGGUACGGCGCAAUUGUGUCCUCCCCUCGCAGUCGUAGCGCUGUUACAGCGGACAGCGCGCCGUCCAAUCGCUGCGCCGUGCGCGUACCCGCGCGGCAACGCGGUCGAAAACUCAUUGGUUUGCCGCCGGCCCGCUUUCGGUCCUCACUGUUGUCGUUCGGCACACUGACGCGGGCGGAGCGAAACGGGAACCGGGGUGAAAAAUAACGGAAAACCGACGCGGGCCGGCCGGUAUCGCUGCACUGCACGAUACAAUAACGACGUUAUUGAAUUCGAUUGUCGCCGGGACCGACGGGCCGAGUCGCGACCGGACGGCGGAUAACGCGUGCCGGGGCCGGCAUACGAAUCGGGAAACAACAGAACGCUACGGUACCCCGAAGAAAAACCGUUGGGGGUUUCCGCCAAAACUUUUAAAACGAAAAUGCACGGGUAUAAAAUACGAUAUUGGAAAAAAAAAAAAAAAUCAAACUAAUAAGUCUCUAUGUUUGAACCGUGUUUCCGCUGAUUCGUCCGUCGACCAGCAGAUACGCAUAAACGUUUCGCGCGUUCGACUAUUUACGGUCCCGUAAUAAUGAAUCAGUCCCGGACGGUACAUUACGUUAAUCCGGUUCUGACGCACGAACACCCUAUAAUACAUAAUACAUAAUACAUAAUGCAUAUAUACGAGGGCUAAUCAAAAAGUAUCGAGACCGAUAAUGUUACUCGGAAACCGAGCGUUCUAUGGCUUAUACUGAGCACAUCUAUUCGUAUAAAAUCUCUAUAAACUUCUUCGUUUUGAUUUGACGACAUUUUUCUAAAAUUUGUUUUUCACGUUUGGCGAUUUCGUAAUGAAUCCAAAAGAAGCGAAACUCGCUGCCACUCGAGGGCACAUUUUCAGUUUUUCAAUUGAUAUUUAAUGGCAAAAACCAUGAAAUGUUGCAUCCCUCUGAAACUGGAAAAAAAUGCGGACAAAUUUUCCUAAAUCUCCAAAUCCGUCAAGUUACUCUUCUUUUGGGUUUAUUACAAAACCGCCAAACUCGAAAAAUAUAUUUUACAAAAAUAUCAGUGAAAUCAAACCGAAGAAUUUUAUAGAGAAGCGAUAAAACCAAAUGUACUCAGAAAAAGUCAUAGAAGCAAGUGAUACCAAUCCUACUGCUCUUCGACGCUCCUUUUCCGAAUAAUACUAACAGUCUUGAUACUUUUUGAUUAGCCCUCGUAUAUAUAUUUGUUUUAAACCGGUAACAGGUCGGUUCACGGCGUUCGACUACGUCCUCCAUUAUUCACGGUCUUCAGCGAGCCUUUUUUUAAUCCGGCGCACGUAUUAAUUCUUGUGUCUUUUUUUUUUUCAACUGAGAUACGCACGAGUUUCUUGGUCUUCCCGGCGGUUUCCGCCCUUACUUUGCGCCUUCUAUUACAGCGUGGUGCACCAUGUCCCAUCGGCGCCGCUUUGUUGUGUUCAAUAUAGAACUCGUUUCUCCUACUCGGGUCAGCACAUCCUCGUUCGUUACACUUUCUGCCCCAAUUAAUUUUUCCCAUUUGUCUCCAACGCCGCACACCGAAAGCUUCAACGGAUAUUUUUUCCGCUACAUUCAUAAACCCGUGUCUCGCAGCCGUAAAAGUCGACACCGCAUAAUACAUAACACCUGAUAUUUAAGAAUGUCGGCGAAAAGUCCGCAAUCCGUGUUUGAAAAACGACCCGAAAUUCGCAUUUUUUCCGGUCUCAGUAAAAAUAUUGUUUCGCGAAAAAAAUGUUGAACGGCCAAUCUGCAUUUGAUUCUAUACCGACGGAUAUUCAAACUAUUUAUUUUUGUCUACAGCUAGAUUCAACUUUGGGAAGAAUUCGUUUUUGACCGGUUUCGGUUUGGGCUUCUUGGCGUUCGGAUUAAAGAAACUACUGCUUCCGAUCAUUAUCGGCGCGCAGAUCAUCAAAUCCAUCGCAAUCGCCGCGUUAUUGCCAACGAUUCUGAGUGGCGCCGGCAAAAUAGUCUCUAAAGGUAUGUAUACAUUAUGUUCCGUCUAUAUAUUUAUAUAUAGGUGCCUAUAAUGCAGUUAUAUUAUUUGUAUGACAUUAUAGUCGCGGUAGGAUCGUGAUCGGACAUAACGUUUUCAAUCUGUACAACUUUUUACGACAGUAAUAAAUCGAGCUGCCCUAUUUCAACGAAUGCGUGUUUGUUAUGUUUUCGAUACAUUAUAUAGCUAGUGGUGCCGAACACGUAUUUCAAGUAAUUUAACUGAACCGCACUGUAGAAUUGGCGGACUGGUACAACAAGCAGACUUAACUUCAAUGCAUAUAUAUAUAUAUAUAUCUGCGCGCAACAAAAUUUUAAAAAAAUAUGUUAAAAUAUAUCUGUUUAUAAUUUGAAUAGUGGUAAUAUUAUAGCGAAUAGGUACUAUAAAACAAAAUUCAUUAUGGCAAUCAACAAAACUGAUAAAUUAUUUUACAUAUUUUAUUGGUUUUACAUUAACUUAUUUUCUUAUCAAUUUGUGUUGCAUUUAAAAUGCGGUUUAGGUGUGUUAUAAAACGGAAUAGGGGGGUUAUUAAAUGGGAAAGGACGGAAAUUUCCACGCUACAUAAUAUCUCUAAUAACUACUUCAGAAGGAAGGUCAAUUGUCGGAAGGGUGUGUAAUGUUUAAAUUAUUUGAACUGACAAUUUCAAUUUCAUUUGGCGCCACCGUAAAUGUAUAGGCAAUCAUUGAACAGCGUUUGACUACAGUAAAUUUUAAUAGACUUUAACGGCAUGACCUCAAAUCAGCCGAAUUUCGUAGUUUUAAACUAUUUGUGUAAUAAAUCGAGUUUUCUUAUUCUUCGAAUUUCCCAUACCUAUAGCUCUAAGUGAAAUCUAGAAAAUAUGACUUAACAUUUAAAUAUGAAGUUUCGUUUUCACUCUGAAAAUCGUUUUUAUUAAGAGUUUACGUGUUAAAACGUAUACUCGAUUAAAAUCGCGUUAAAAUUUCAAACGAUUAUACCGCGCCGAAAUAAUGACUCAUCCGAAAUCGCGGUGACCUACACCCAGUGGCAUCGUAAUCGUAUUUCAAACCCUAUAAACAAAAUAUUAAAAAAACCACCUCCCCGCUUUCCCACCCAUUCCUCGUUCACAAUUUUGUUGGGUUCACAACACCAAUGCCUAUACUUAAAGAUAACCAAAGUAGAUCCGCGACUAUUUUUUUUUUGUUUUGCUAAUUUAGGAUACUUACUUAUUGUGUAUACGGUGGUUGUAAUAAAAUACAUGUAUUUUGUAGUUAUUUUAUCGAGCAUACGUUAUUUUUCAUUAAUUCUAAUAUUGUUAUAGCACUUUUAGCACAGCUGUUAUUAAGACCGUAUAAGCUCGUGUAAUAAAAAUGGGUUUGUUUUUUAUUAUUUUUUAAUCCCACGGCAUACGAGUUUAUGGUUUGUGUUCAGUAUUUUCUUUUUAAUAUAAUAUAAUAUAUUAAAUAUACUUCUUACUUUCGUAUAUAAUACGAAACGUUCGUUAGUUACUUCGGAUGACCGCUUUAAGCGCAUCUUCUCGGUUCAGACGACUCUCCGUUUUAAGAUAACCGCAGCAAACUGUUUAUAGAGAAAUUUAUGUCAUUUAGCGCAUUAUAUAGUUUUCUAAGUUUAAACGAUUCAUAUUUAAUUGUGUGUCAUGUCGAGUCAUUAUGUUAAACCUAAUCAUAAUUCAUAAAUUGUUUACAGUAUUUUUUCAAACACAAUUCAUGUACACCUACAUAUUCUUCUUUCGUUUUUUUUUUUUUCUUUUUAAAUGUUUUUAUUUAUAAAUUUGUAGAGAUAUUUUUUAAAAUACAUUCUUUGUAUAUUAUAGCGAUUCUUCAAAAUCGUAUAUUUGCAGCUCCAAUAAUUGCGUUUCAAUUUAAAAAUAUUAUUAAUGUUUUUUUUUUCUUUUUUUUUUGAAAGGAAAACUAAAAAUUCUUAUUUUUUUAACGCGAAAGUCCGUGUGUACAUGUGCAAUUAUUUACUAUAGUAGAAUAAAGAAAAUAAAAACUGGAAACAAAAAUUGUACAAUGACACGCAAUCGGUACAUUUUAUUCGAAAAAAUGUCUCUGGCAAUAUUAUAAUGGCCUAGACUGCGAACUUAAAAAAAAAAAAAAACAUCACUGAGUUGUUGUAAUAUACAUUCAAAUGAAACUGUUCUUUUUUCUUUUUUCUUUUUUUGUAAUACCUAAUUUAAUAAUAUAAAAGCAAGAUCACUUUAGACAUUUUUGUGAUGUAAUUAUUGUGAUAUAGGUAAUUAUGUGUUAAAACAGUUAAAAAUAUAACAAACAGAAGGAAAAAAAUCAAACGUUUCAAAACCGAGUGCAUUUGUUACACAAUCGCUUAUACUCGUACGAUUUACGAACUUUAUACUCGCUUUUGAUUUUAUGACUUUAACAUAAUACCUAUCAUUACAGGAGUAUCGAACUUUGCAUCAAGUUCAUCGCACUUCGGUCCUAGCGCCGGUGCGGACGGUCUGAGUGACUUCGAAUUCAAAGACCCUGUACAACAGCAAAACAUCGGCCUCGGUUAUGAUACCGCCGGUGCAGCAGACACUUCUGGUUCGGAAACGGGUUACCAGAGCAUUUGGUCAUAUCCACCAGACAACGGCGCCAACGUCAUCACCUCGAGCUAUAACAGUAACAGCAAGUAGGUACCAAUUAAAAAAUAAAUUGAUUCCUCUGUUAUACUUUUUCACUAGAACGAAAAUCCGGAAAGGUACGAUCGAAAAGUGUCUGUAUUAUUGAGUCAAGUAAUUUGAAAAAGUAAUUAACUUGCUAACUUAUGUUAGCAAGUUAAAGUUAGUUUUUGUGAUCAAUUUUACUGUCACAGUAAAAAUUAUUGAAUCUGGAAAUUGUUAUUAUUAUUUUUUUUUUUGAAAAUACGAAUGAUCAAUGUUAAACAUUGAGAGAUUAUUUCGGAAAUUUCAAAUAACUUAUGUACCUAUAGGUACGUAUUUUAAACUCUAAACUACGCAUAAUUAACUUAAUGCGAAAAAAUCAAAGUUUAACUAAUUUUAUAUUAAAAUUAAUGUAAAAUCAAAGUCUAAAAGCUAAGUUACAUGUUAAAAUUAACUUAACUAUUCAUUUUUUAACUUAUUAAUACUCAGCUAUGUAUCAGAUAUUAAGGUUGGGCCAACUUUUUUUAAAAAUUAAACGUAGGUUGGUUUUAUUUCGUGCCAAAAUUUGGUUGCCUCCUUACAAAAUUAAAAACCAACGCUAACCAUAAUUCUAGACGUGAUAUGGGCUGUGUUUGAAAUGUAUUCCACCCGGUUACAUUUUUAGGACUUGGGUGCCACUGCACCGACUUCUGAAACAAUUUCGAAUACCUACGUACAAUUUUGGAAUAGAUGGAAAUAUAAUUGUUUUACAUUUAAAUUAGAAGUAUGUGUUCACGAUUGUUUUGGAUUUUGAACAUAAUAUUCUGUUAUAACUAUCUCGAUUCCAUGACGAUUGGCUGCAGUUACGUCCUAAACGUGUUCCAUUUUUGCGCGUUCCGUGACUAAAUAGUAUAGUUUUAUUUCUCAAUGGAGAAUAAGAAAAAGUCGAGUCAAUAAAAUUAUGCAUUAUUUUGGCGAAACAAAAAAAUAAAAAAAAGUCCAAAAUUAUCCAUUGAUUUAUUUCAGUAUUCGGUAUUAAUAUCACUUCUUACGAAUUGGUGAACAGCCACUUGCGACGCAUCGGCGGCUCACCGGAUGCGAGUAGUGCGACACUGCCUCAUCUAUGAUUUUCUCAUAAUAUACAAUAUGCAUAUUUUAUCGUACACAUUAUGCGGUAUUUUAAAAUCUCAAAAUCAAUAUUUCGUUCAACAUAUAUAGUACCGAUAGAUUUCAAAAAAAAAAAAAAAUAUUUACCUGUAUUAAAAAUAUUUUUAUUUUAAAUAAUUACCUACGGAUAACUGAAGCUUAAAAUUGACAAACAACAAUGAAGAUUCUGAAUAUUCAAGAUGUUUGCCUUGCCGCCGCUUUUAUAAAAAGACGACGAGUCAGUGAACCGCCGCUGCACUUAUCGCCAUAAUUUUCACAGGCGUUUUGAUGACUAGAAAUCUGUGAAAAACACAGACACGUCGUGCCGUAAUAGGUCCUCGUGAUUCCGGCGGCGUUUAUUAAUAGUGUUCGAAAUUCGAAUCUGUCGGUCGCGUUAGUUUUUCCUUUUUCUCUGACGGCGAAACGGCGGACAAUUGCGACUGCGAAUCCGGUUCACGCCCGUCUGCGUCGCGUUCGUCGGGCCGUUUUCGUCCGCGCGUGCUCGCUACCGCUAAUGACGGCCGGACAAUUUUACGAUUGCGCGUCCGCAGCGACGCGAUUUAUCGACGAAAACGGCCGGCGGGCGAGAAACACCGAAAAUCGGUCGUCAUCCUCGAUUAUUAUUAAUAAUAUAAUAAUCAACGCGCGUACGUGUCUGCCUACGCGUUUCGACACUGUCGGUCGACCCCGGGGGCAAAGGCCGAACAUUUACACCGUCGGUGCCCGUAGGCUACGCUACGCGUCGGAUUCGUCGUGUCUUUCGCGCGACGAGACCGGCGCUGUUUGUUACUGUGCCCGUGUAUUUUGUCGGCUGUCGCGCACUCGUGUACGACAGCCAGCCGGAGUAGUGAUAAGCAAUUUAAAAAGUGCAUUUAUUCUGUACAGUCUGUGCGCGACCGCGCGUUGUUUCGACACGCCCCGAAGCGGUAACAAAUGAAUGAUAUCGCAUUUAUAAUAGGUCCAAUAACACCGUAAUGCUUUUCGAACGCUGGCGGCAUUCCAAUAAUCGCCGCUCCUCCGGCGUCGCAAAAACAAAAACGGCGAAACGCGACUUGAAAAAAGAACUACGAUAGGCACCUGAAAUAUUAUAAUUAUACAUUAUUUUUUUAUUUUUUUUUUUUUCAUUAACCGCAUGUCCGCGUGUACCUAUGUUUACUGCAGCGGAUUUUCGGAUUAGAAAAAAAAAAAUAAUAAAAAAUAAAUUCAUUCUUUAAAUUUCUACGUGUGAAAAUAACAAUGCUGCGAUAUUCUGUUGCACGUCGAAAUCGUAUACGGUUGAAUUUUGACUUUUAUAUUCGAUACGCAUUAUAUAGAGAGAAAAUCAUGUGCACGGAGGAAGAAAAAUUUAUGAAUUUUACUAUUACAAUGUAUUAUAUUAUGUCGCGGAGAAGAUUUUCCGGCCCAGUGUCAGAUUAAAUGGCCAGAGUGAAAAUUUGAUCUCCUUAUUGUUACAUACAAUAUUAUUUUAAUUACAAUUAUUUAUGCAAAUGUGUUUUCAUAGUUUUCUUCAUGAAACCGUUUGUUUUAGAUUCUGAGCACAACGAGAAAUUUAUUUGUUAUACUGUGUGUUUUUUUUAUUCCGUUUUCAAACAAUUUUGUUUCAAGAAAACUUGCUCGGAUCAUCAACUGUUGCAUAUUUUCUAAAAUUACAUUUUGUCUAGUCAGUGCAUAAGCCGGUCAUUUUUCAAUUUCCCUUAGGGUUUUCUUGGUAAUUUUUAUUUUGCCCAGAAAAAAUGUUCGAAAAUUUAACACAAUUUAGUUAUUGCUGAUAUUUUCGAAUACCUAGAUUUUUCACAACAUUUAAGCAGUGAAUCCUGUGGUGAUUCAAAAUUUGGUUUUUCAAAUGAGAAUUAAUUUCGAAAAAUGCCAUAAAUAAAUGGAGUACCUAGGUGGUAAUAGAUUACUUUAAAUACAUUUUACAAUCAGAAAAAUCAGAAUUUGAACUUUGAAGAAUUUACCGAACUUUGCUCAGAAUCGUAUUUCGUUAGCAAUGAUUUAUUGUUGCGUGCAGACAUGAAUUAAAUUUAUCUAUAAUAUAUUUAUUCUCGAAUUUCUACCUACAGCAUUGGCACUCCCCCGUCUAUUUUUCGUCUUCGGCGCGUAAUUCGAUAAUUUUUCGAACUACGAUAAUUUGAAUUGUACGUGAUAUUUGUGUGCCUCUGAUAAGCAUAUAAAUAGGUAUUCGAUAUCCGAUAGUCCGAUCGGUCUGUUUUCUCGAUUGUGUAUGUUUCGUGACUACGGGUGUAUUCCGUCGUACAUGCGAUUCGAAGACAGAUAUUUCUCUACGUUAUUAAACACAUCACCGUCGACGGUGAUUGCUGUAUUCGUUACGUUAUCUUACAACGAGUAAAUUCGGUCGUAUAUAUAUGUAUACAAUGUUCCUUAUUUAGCAAUAAUAAAUAAUAUAAUAAUAACGAUAUAAAAAAAAAAAUUCUGGACGCGUGUUGGAUUCGUGUCAUUACACGUUUCGUUACACACAAUUCGUACGCGAACGAACCGUCUCGCGGCGUGUACUUAUUAUUAGCGUUUAGCUUUUUAUUGUGUGUAUACAAACUGAAUUAUAAUUCGAAAAUCCGUUUUUUUUUUUUUUUUUUCAUGUACUUACUCUUAUUAUAUUACACCGUACCGCUUAACGAGUAGUAUUUACCCGUUAAAAUACUGACAAAGCGGACAGUUUUGUAUUAUUGUUAUAGACAAUGUCUUCUCCGGUCCGAAACGAUUGUUUCGGUUGUGUCGACGACAACGCCGAUUAUUGUCGUUUUGCGGGCACACGAAUCGGAUGUAAACAGCUGCGAAUAAUCAAAUACCGCGGUUAGAAAUUUGAAUACCUUACAAAUAUAAUUACAAUAAUUAUUAUACGUACGUUUAUCGCCCGAGCGGUGUAUUGUUCCAACGGCACUAUGCCAACGGUAAAUUCGAUUUAACUACAAAAAAAAAGAAAAAAGAAAUGUCGACAGUUUGGCAAAAAAUACCGCACAGACGGGUUCCCGAGUAAAAGUGAAUUUCCGACGAAUAGUUUCUAAAAAAAAAAAAAAAAAAUGAAAAAAAACAACUGUAGUUGAACACGUAAAAACAUAACGUCGGUAAAGUUCGAUCGAUUCAGUAUGUAUUUGAAUAUGAAACCUGUAGUGAUGUUAUUUUCUUAACAUUCGGAAAACGUUUUAUUUUUAUUUACAUUAUAGAUUUCUCAAUUUAAAUACCACCUCCCGCAUAAAUAUUAUACAACCUAAUACACUAUAAUAUAACGUAAACGUGACACGUGGUGCGAAAUGAAUUCGGACAUUCCGUGAAAUUAUUGGCCGUGAUUUUCGGGAUUUAGAACGCUUAGUUUGGUUGGAUUCCGAGUUACUCUGUGCUAUCUUCGGCUCCAACUGCUACAGAGGAUGAAAAACACGAGUUCUACGCUUAUAUUAUAAUCUAAUCAGUUUACCGAGCUAUGCGGUUAAUUUUGAUUUUUUUUUUUUUUUUUUUAAUGCAAUAUAACUUAAUAUCGUUGUUUUCAGUAAUAACUACACGAUUCAAAACAAGAAAUUACCUAUAUACACGAAACAGUAUUAUUUUUACGGUUGAUGAUUAAUACCUAUUUAAAGCACGAUAACUCAGAAAUUGAUCGUUCAGAUUUCGUGUACAAUACGUCAACGUUUUCAAAAUAUUAUCUCGUUGAAAAACCAAAGUGGUUAUCGGCACAGGAUACUUCUUAAAUGCCGUGAAAAAUUUAAGUAUGUGGAAAUAUCGUUGUUCGGUGGACUUUAAAAAAAAUUCCAAAAAUUAUAAAUAGAAUUUAUGCAUAGUUUAAAUAUACAAAUGUCGUGAACAUGCUUGAAUCAUUCUGUAUACUAUGCUAUAUCUUAUGUAAACAAUAAUAAUUGUUCUUAAAAUGUAUCGUUAUCCCCCUCAUCCCCGUGACAAAAUCAUUUGACCACCACUUGAUUCUUGUUUUUUUUUUUAAUUAAAAAAAAAAAAGAACCUAUUUUAAUCCUAAGAUCUUAUGUCCUUUUUUGAUAUCGCAUACAUGGAGAUUAGAUUUUUCAAGAGUUUCAGAAAUCAACAAAUAAACUGAUAUUUUUUUAUGAACCAACUAUCAAUACCAACUAUUUUUAUACCAAAAUAAUUUAACAUAUAACAUUAAUAAAGCACUGUCGAGUCGCAACUCAAAAUAACUUAAAAACACAUUAAGAUCUUAAAAUUAAAUUAGGUCUUUUAUCUGUAUUUAAAAAAAAUCAAUUCUAAAUGACUUAUUGUCGAACUUACACUAUUUACAUUGAUUUCAAGCAAUCUUUUUGAUAUUAAAUAUUAAAACGCCGUGCGCCUCCAUUAAAUAUUGACCAAAUGACAUCAAACUUUGAGGUUUUUUUUGUUGUACAGCAAAUGAUGGACUGGCGUCCCUGAGGAAAUUUUGAAAUUGGCAAAAUAAGGACCACUCUAAUGUAUAAUUUAAAUUACCCUUAUAUCUUACAUUUUCCACCUAUAACAGUAGCCUACCCACGGUGCUAAUAACCAUGGCCGGUUUUUUAAGAUUGCUAGUAUUGAAUUACAACGCUAUUGCAGUUUUCUCGGUCGAUUUUUUUUUCUCGUCAUUUCGCCUCGUUAUUAUUAUUUUUAUUUAAUAGCCGCGGUAUGCCGGUGUUAUUUGAUUUUCGAUUGCGGACCAUUAAAUUAUUGUGUUUGAGUAUAAUAAAUUCUACGUUGUUGAAUAUCACAACGUUGGCGUUCUUAUGACCGAAAUGAACGGUACCUAUAUAUUAUUAUGAAAAAAAUCAAUAACACAUCUGUCCGUAUAUUGAAAAAUGCCCGAUGAAAAAUCCUAGUGAAAAAAAUACGACCGAUAUGAUACGGUGGGGAGGGGGAAGGGGAAACACGAAGACGUCGGCUAGCCGAGACGGCCGUGCGGGCGGUCGGCACGCGACCGUUUGCCGUGCGAGUUUUCCGCGCGAUUGUUUUCGUUCGGAAAACAUUUUAUUGAUAACGCGCGAGCGCGCGGAACGGGACAAUUAUAAUUAUUUGGCCGACCAUCGCCGCCGCCGUAUACGCUCUCCGAAAACGACACAAAGGAGAGAGAGCUCACGGAUGAGCUGUUGAUGUGUAGGUAUAUAUGUAUGUUUGUGUGUGUGUGUGUGUGUGUGUGUGUGUGCGUGCGUGUAUAUGUGGAACCAGUUUUUGGUCUUGUACGUGACCAGAGUGACCGGUCUAUGAAUUCCUCGAGAGUCGUAAUAAUAAUAAUAAUAAUGAUAAUAAUAUCGUAGUGAUGAAAAGAGAAAAACGCGCUGUGCAGCAGCGACGAAGAAUCGUCGGCAUCAGUCGUGAUUUUAACCUAAAUUUUGCGACGUCUUCUCUUGUACGGAUAAAAAAAAAAAAAAAAAAAACAAUCGAUCGCGCGCAGUGAAAUUUUCGUCAAGAGCGAAACCGAAAAAUACGCCGAAACUCGCCCCCGCGGACGUUGCGUGUUGCUAUGUGACCAGCGAGUGAGCGAUUCGUCGGGACCCGUCCGCCAAAAUGUAUUUUCGUUUCCGCGGAACGGUGACGAGCGUGCACCCCCUCCGGGGUGCAUUCGAAUCGGUUCCCGUUCGAAACCCGCGGCGUAUCCGCUGCCGGUCGAAUCCCGCCGUUCGCGUGUCGCAAGACACGUCGGGCGCGUGGCAUUUCCCGUCCCGUUCGUGUAGGCUUAGGGCCGCCAACUCAACAACCACUCGGGCUUUACGCUGGAAAUGUUUUCGUAUUUUAUAUCGAUACGUAGACGGUAAGUAUUUCCCACAUGGACCGGACGGGCUGUGUCAAUCGAUUGCGGCGUUCGGGCGACACGCCGACCCGACGUUAUUUCACCGCCCCGAAAACCGUAAAACCCCCUGCGGCGUUACGAUAAAAGUCAAAUAAAAAUUUAAAAACGUACUGCACUGUACUCGCGCGCGUCGCGUUUAUCGUAUCAAUGCAGGUAUUGAACGGAAACCGAUUCGGAUCACCCAUAAAGUACAUGUUUCAAAUAGGAACCGAUCCGGUAACAUCCACUCCCCCGUAUCGCGCCCGUAUCGAUAAAAAAUUAAUACCUAUAAAAACCGCUUAUUCGGGUCUUGGUCGGCCAAUACGGCCGGCGGAUCUACGUGCGCUUACCUUACAAUGCGAAAUUACAAAAUCAACAACAAUACUCGGGGAUUUAUACUGUAGCUAUGUCGUGCUGAGCUUAGGGCAUCGGAAAUUUCUCGAAGCCUAGCGCGUUUAAUUUAACCGCGUUGCUAUUUCAAUAUUAGGCCUAAAUUUUGAAUUGAAACUUUGAGUUACACUUGACGGCGAGCCGAUCCGACGUUCUUCAGUUACCUAUUAUUCGAUAUUACGAUACACUGGUUCAUCGAUUUUAUGUAGCCAUAGCACAGUAGGUGUUUAGGAAUUAUAAUUAUUAUUUUUGUACAAUAACGGAAAGUGAAUUUAAUUUAAUGACAAGUACGAAAAUUAAUUUAAACAUCAUACUCUGUAUAGAUUUCAGUGGUUAUUACGUGAAUAUGUCACACAUUAUUGUGAAAAGCCGUAACGAUUCAAAAAUCAUAAUUGAGGCCAUCGAUUUACAUAUUUUUACUUGGUCUACCGAAAAAUCGCCAAAAAAAAAAUGUUAAAAAUUUAAAUAAAAUCCUAUCGGGUUAAACAAUGAUAGGCUUAUCGGACUGGUAGUUUCUGAGAUUUUGAGAAUUUCACACAUUUAUGUGUAUAUAUGUGAAUAUUUUGAAAUUGUGUAGUUACAAUGAUGUUGUAGUCCGUGACUAUCUUAUGAUUCAUUGUAUAGUUCGUAACUCUCGAAACUUUGAUGAUUAUAAUGUAAUACACGACAAUCGAAUGUUUACACCGCGUUAAAUUUCGAAAGUAUACAACCUUCAAUGAGUUAUAAUAUGAAAAUUAUGAUAAGAAAAGAAGAUGUUUACAUAUAAACGAGUCUAUUAUUACUUGAUGUGUUUUCAUCGUCUCCUAAGGAAUUAGAAUUUAAAAGCGGUUUUUUUAGUUUUUUUUUUUUUUAUUUAUUACGUACCAUCAUUAUUGUGCAGUUUGCUAAAAAUAAUAAACGAUCGUUGUAAACAUUAUAUACGUAUUAGAUUUUAAAAGUAACAUUUAUUUUUUUUCUAAGUAAUACACUUACCUUUUUUGGAUCUAGUCGCGAAUUCGCGAUGAUUAUCUUAUAGUAUGUACUUAAUAGUGUUUAUGGCCGUCGAUCGUUUAUAAAACUACAGUGUAGUAUAUUUUAUCGUACACAGUUUAAUGAAUAUGUUAUCCAUUGUCUGUUGGAUACAUCAAAAACCCCCUCAACAAAAUAUAUUAUUCGAUUUAUAGAUUUAUAAUAUUACGUCCCAGGAACCAAACAUCCAUUUCGCUCGGCCAAAAUAAUUUUAUUCGCAUGUUAUCAAACGAAAACUAAAAACGCCCGAAAACGUCAAAAAUCUACAGAAUAUUUUGAACAUAUUAAUUAGUAGUUUGAAAACAUUUUAUGUUUCUGUUUUUUUUAAAAAUACCAAAAAAAAAAAAAAAAUCGUAAAUAAGAAACCGUUAUUUAUGUACAUUUUCUCGUUUUUUCUAAGUUUUUUCCCGACUAUUAAAAAAACUAAAAAAAAGAUUCACAGACACACACAAAAAAAAAAAAUUAUAAAUGCACACAUUUUAUAGUAAAACCAAGACAUAAUAUCUUACUGCGCUCAGAAUCUAGUUUUAAAACAUCGUCUUUUCUUUUCAAUCAAAUCUACUGUUUACAGUUUUGAUCUUCAACAUUUCUACAGUCCUUUUUUUUUUUGAGAUUUUUUUCUUUAGUUUACUGCAUUUUAUUCACAGUCCUAUUUUAUGAGUAUAUAAAUUUCUAUGUAGAUUUCAUAAUACAAAAUACAUAUGCAUUUUAAAAUCGAAUUUUGUUUACGUUUUUUUUUUUUUUUUUUAAUAACUCAUCCAUUAUCUAGACAUUUCUAAUAAACCGUAAGAGAAAUUUAAAUUUGAAUACCAAAUUUAUUAAAAACUUUUUUUUUUUGUAUAAAAUCAUCGUUCACGUACUGUGAUAUAAUUAUAAUAUCUAUAUAAUAUUUUAACGAUCAGGUCCGGUCGAUUCCAAGGUCGACUAGGCAUUUAGAAGUUUAAGGCCAACUCACACACACAAAUACACUUAUAAAAACACAUAUACACCGACCGACCCGUCAGACGGGCUGCGAUCAACGUCUCCGAAAGAGAAACUCAUUAGAUAUGCGACGGAAUGUGUGUCAGACACACGACUCGUGAUAAUAUUACUUGUGUGUAUAGCAUAAUAUAAUAUAGUUUUUCCGUGCGGGUGUUGCACUCGUAUGCAUAUAAAAAUAGUAUAAAUUUCAAGAAAAGAAAAAAAGUCUAACCUAGGCUGUGGUAUAGUUUGGUCAACUGGUUUUUUAUGUUAUAGAAAACUACGUCGUUGUGUUUUUUCUACGCGUAACCGACGGGACACACAAAAACCGACAAAAAAAAAUAUUCCAAAAUUCAAGAGUGUGCCUCGGCCCUGGUUUUUUUUUACUGUGCAGUGAUACGCAUUUUGCGCAGUGAGAAAAGUAAUUGUGCAGUCAAAAUUAUUAAUUUGUGCAGUACGAAAUAACAAUUUCUCGUUGUUAUUUAUUUUGUAUUAUAAAAUGAUAAUCGCGUAACUCUCCAAUAAAAAUAAAAUUGUUUAAAAAAUGAUUAUUAUGUUUUAGUUUUAUCGUACUUUUUGAUCGAGUUUAGUGUAUUGCAAACAGACAUAUAUAUUUUUUUCACAAUCACGAUAACAUGAUAACAAACUUAUCAACAUUUUUUAAAUUUUUGAUAAACGUUUUUAUUUUUUAAGUUUACUUGAAUACUCAAUGAUUUACAGUCAGCUUUCAUACUCCAUAGAAUGUUUCUAUUUAAACAAUUGUAUAAUAUAUAAGAUAUUGUAAACAAAAUGAUAACAGAUAAUUGGUUAUUAUAAUUGUUUUACGAAUCAUUGUUCACUAACUCACAAAAUAUUAGUAAGAAAAACCUUGCCUCGGACAAUAAAGAAAUUUAAAUAUAAAAAUUCGACUUUUGCAUGAUGUUUUCGGAGCUAUCAGCCCGAGUUCAACAUUCAGAUCUCUCUUUCGUACUAUUUACGGUCCAAGAUGGUUAUGGUAUUGUCAUUUGUUCUUGGUUUUAUACAUUAAAAAAAAAAAAAAACUCUUUGGAAUCUGUAGAAACAUGUUUUACUUAAAAUAGCUAUAGAUGGAAAAUCAACAUGUUUAUAUACAUAUAGUAAGUACCGUCUGAAACAAUGUCGGAUUUUCAAUAUUUUUUCCAAGAGGGGUCUUUAAAAGUAUAUGUAUUUCAAAGGCCUACUAUAAUUAGUAUGUUUUUUUUAGACGACGACAUUUUAUUGAAAUUAUAUCGGUGUCUAUCUUAUUUAUUCUGUUGUUUUUUUUUUUUUUUUUUUUUUUUUUGUGAAGGUCUUAUUUCUGAAACGUAUAGCACCACAAAUACUAUACUACUCGUAUAUAAUUGAUCAAUGGUUUGGGUUUUUUUUUUCUGAGCGAAAAAGAAAUUAUUCGGACGUAACGUUGCAUGCAGCAGUGCGUGUGCACGCACACCCGAGGAAAUGUUAAACGUAAACCAUCUUACCUACAUAUUAAUUAUACACUUUUCAAAACACAAAAUCAUAUAUAUAUAUAUAUGAUAGACAUUACACCGUAUUAUAAUAUUGUACGCCACUUACCGGAGUGCAGUGGCGCAUGUAUGUAAAAGUGAGAUUUACCCGGGGCGGCGGGGGAGGCGUUUCGACCUAGAUACCCAACAAUAAUAUUGUUAUUGUCGUAUAGUUUACCAAUUACCAACCCUGUAGGUUUUUCCGAUAUCAAUUUGACGUCAAAAACUAAUAAAAUUUAUUAUUGUAUUUACAAAUGGUCAAAUGCCCCUCUAAACUUAUCAGUGUAAACUCAAUGGACUCUUAGUUUUUUUUUUUUGAAUGAUAAUAACCAUAUAGGAAAACAUUGGACAACUAGACAAUAAUAUAGAGUUACGAAAAUCAAGAAUAAUCGAAAAUAAAAAAAUAAUGGUCUUAAUACUAUCAUGUAAAAUCAGUGAGUUAAAUGGAUUUGUUCCCUACAAAAAAAUAACUUUGUCACGCAUUGCUGUGUAUAACGCAUACCUAAAUGCAUGACACGUGUAAAGGUAUACCAGAAUAGAUUUUCCCAUAAAAUACCGUAUACUAUAAUACGUAGGACACCGAAAUAAGUUUCGAUCAUUUUGCUGAUCGAUUAUCUUUUUUCGUUUAGUUAUUAUAUUAUAGGUACGUACGGAUUUAUGUUUGUGCCUUCUUAGAUAAUAUGUUUAGACUGUAGUUUUUAAUAUUUUUUUUUUUUUGUGACUAUCUCAACUGCGUAUUAAAAUAAUUAUAAUUUAUUCAGAUCGUUCGUUUGUGUAUUGUAUAUGUUUCAUAUAGUUCCAAAACCUUUGUUUUUCCAUACGACGUGAGUGCUGUGGGUAUGCUAUACACGGUACAUUGUACAUUGUCACGAAUUCGUUCGUCGAAAAACCAAAGGAGUUGCAAAACAUUAUACUGAAUUUAACGAGUCAUAGGGAACGCGUACCUAGUAUUAAUAUAAUUUAUGAAGUCAUCGUAAUGAAUAUCGACCCACACGAGACUGCAGUGGAACAUCCGUAUUUACGUGUUUCGCCGCCGUCCACUUUACUGCUACACAGAAAUUGUUUCAAGAGAAAACUUAUAACACGUCGAUUUUAUUACGUACGAAUCACGAACGUCGAUUUCUAAUUGAAAAUCACAAACGCAACACUAUAUUAUAGGUUUCGGGUAUCGGAUAUACGAAACUGUCAUUCAUUCUUUGGUUUGUGUCUUAUACAUAUUAAUUUCGACGAUCCCCAAUCGGCACGUAUAAAAGAGUCGCGCGGCUCGCAUAAUAUUUGUGGGGUGGUGACAUUCCAAAACGCGUUAUCGUCAAAAACCUAAUUGUUCAGAAAGACCGUUAUUUUGUUUUCAUUAGAAUAAUAAUAAUAACUUGCGGAAAUGUUCAGUUAGUUUUCAAAAAUAAAAUACAAAAUAGUCUUUCCAUGAUUGUUAUUUUCCAUGGAUAAUGGUACGUUUGGGAUUAUUUCCAUGCAUUUUUAAACCUAUUCGUCAUGGAAAAAAGUGGUUUGAGAUUAUUUCAGAUAGCACCAAUCGAUUAUUUGCCCCCUAUUUUCGUAACACGCGAAUCGGUGACUAACUCGAUUUUGUAAAUUUUGGCAAUAGCGGGUACGUUUAGGAGUGUCGCCCCAAGUUUUAUAACAGUGCACGCGUUUAAUUAAUGCAAUUAAAUCAAAUACUGAAAAAAAAAAAAAAUCGUAUUAAUGAAAUAAUAUUCGCAGGGUAUUGCGCGCAUCACUUGUAUACGUAAUACACGCGUAUUGAAAUUAUAGUUACAUCACUUACGUCGAUCGAUCGAAUGUGUUUUUUCACGAAGAGUCGAAUCGAAUUAAAAACGAAAGACGAGAUUUUAUACUGUUAUUUGGCCAUUUUUUCAUGCGAUAACGUGAUAUAUAAUAAUAUAUUAAUAUAGCACUGUAGUUGCGGUACCGGUCGUUAAAUAUAUUAUUAUAAAUUAUAAUAUUAUUCACCGAAACCGCUAUUUUCAUAAGAAAGAUUUCGCGGACAGACCGGUCGUUGUAAUUUAAAUGUUUUUUUACAUACAUUUCACCUCGUUUAAAAUUACGGUGGACAUAACAGUAAUGCUAUAAUGUUCUAUAGAGACCAAAAUAAUAUACGAGUAUUUAAAAUCCGGAAUCGACCACUGUGGUUGCAUACUGCGUUCGUAAACUGCACCGUUCAGUGUACACAACAGUACACAAUAAUAAUAAACGAGUACCUAUCCGUGUAAUGUAAUUAAUCGCGCGGUUUACAUCCACAAAGCGUAUCUGCGCGCUUUGAUUAAAAACAUUUUGAGGUUAUCGAAAUCGUAAUAAAUUAUAAUUGAGUAGUUAAAAUAUUAUCAGGUAUAUUUAUUAUGUCGAAAGCACAUAAAAGAAAAAUCGCCUACCUAGUAAAUACUAUGCAAAAUGAUUAGGGAGUAGGGAGAGGAGGGCUACGGUUGAUUUUAAGAUAUCUCUAGUACCUAUCAUCUCACUGAUACACCAUCACCAGUAUAUUGGGUUUUAUCUAGACAAAGAUAUUUUUAUCGUAUCUAAAUAAUCGAGAAAUAAGUUACCAAGGUAAAUAAUUGAAGUGUCUAGAUAAAUGUUUUCAAAUUUAUUAUCUUUAUAUAAAAAAAUUGAAUGUUUGUAUGUUUCUUAUCCGCCUUCUUAAACCGUUCAUCCGAGCGCCAUGAAACUUUGGGAAAUUGUUGAGUAUACUCCCGUGAAGGUUUAUGGCACAGUACAUCUAUGCAAUUCUUCGAUAGCUCAACUAUCACCCACGAAAACCGGAUUUUAGGUACUUUCGGUACGAAUAUAAAAUACAUUUUUUUUAUUUAUGGGUUACUUUGGUAAUAUAAGGAUGCGAGAAUAAAUAUUAUUACUAUCGGAUAUUUUUCAUUGCUUAACAACCAUAUAGCUAAUUUAAUAUAAGUAUGGAAAUAAAAAUAAAGAAAAUGCAUUUUUAAACAUUUAAGGGUAACAACGGUUAACCGCAGUAAUAGUGACAGAGAUUGAAACAAGUAAUCUAGGGGGAAAUCGUUUUUAUUACACAUUUAUUUGGCACGGGCAACGCCGGGCGGGACAACUUGUAAUUUAUAAAACUAAACAAAAAAAAAAAAAUUAGUAAAAUAUUUAAUUUAUGUUAACAUAAUUUAAUAAAUAAUUUAUUAAGUUAUAUCUAAUGAGUCUGGUAAGUUUUUAAUACUUUUAACACUUAGUUUUUUGAAGUUAAUGAUUAUAAUUAUGAUCUAGAAAAAAAAAAUGUCUUAUCAUUUAUCUUUAUACAGAACCUAAAUAAUUAUAUUAUUAUGCAUCUUUUAUUUUCACCUAUACAUUUUCUCUUAUCUUUAUCUAGAUAUUUUAAAAUUUACCUUUAUAAAAUAACACGUAAGAAGGCACUACGGGCUCGAAUUUGGAUAGGAACCUGCAACCUACCAAUUAUUUCUAUUGAGGCGGAGGGAAGUAUCUUUUUACAAAUAAAUGAUAUUAUCAAAUACGUGUAUUAUGAACUCAGAUACAUUCAAUGUUAUAAAUUUAAUUUUUAAAAUCGAAUAUCAAACAAUAUUAAUUUCUAAACUAAUUCAGUAUCAUUAUCGUCCAGUCUAAAAUUUUGAUCAUUAUUGUAUUUUCUGUAUUCCACUAUAAUUACUUUGUAUGAUAAUAAAUAAUUUAACGGCCAUCUCAUUGGCCAUCUUCUUAUAUUUGUCCGAUUCGAGCAGCGUACACGUGCGUCCGUCGUCUCGGUUUUAUAGACGCGUGAAAUAGUAAAUUUACAUUCGGCAGAACCGACGUUAUACUUUUAGUUUUUAAUAUUCGAGCGCAUUGACCUAUCCCUAAACUUAAAAGCAACGACAUUGUUUUAUGCUUGUGUGCGUUGGCAUUUUCGUUAUUUUAACGUCCGAGCGAUACACGAAAACGUUCAAAACUACGAUAUUUCACACAGUCGUAUUUCGCACGGAAGGGCCCAGAAAAAAAAAUCCGUGUACAAACGCGAACCGUGUCCCGCCCUUAAAGUUGCAUUAUAGGUCAAUAAUUCAUUCGAAUGUGAAAUGAAAAUAUCGGUACGGUUAGGUUAGGUUAGGUUAGGUUAGGUUAGGUUAGGUUAGGUUUAUUAUUUUGCCGCGCCAAUUAUAACGGCCGUUGGUCACAGCGAAACACGGGAUAUUAUGUUAUUAAUCGACAUUUGUCCGCACAGAUAUCCGGCGAAAUACGGCCAGAACGCGGUGUCCAGCACGAAACUGCAAACGGGCAACUAUUACACCAAGGACAAGACCGAAGACUUCAAAGUUUUCCACAACAUACCGGCCAGCUCGCACCUGUUGGCCAACUACGACCCGUUCUACAGCCCGCUGCUGUCCAGGAUCGACACCGUGUUCAAACAACUGGGCUACGUCACGGAACCGUGCCGCGAACGGCUGGUCUGCCAGAUGUACAGGAAUCCGGCCAAGUUCGCGCCGUACAGCAACCUGGUGUCCGCGCAAUUGAGCAGGUCGGUCGCGACAGUUAUUUACAACGCGGUACCGCCGUUAUUACGGUAUUGCGGGAACGCGAUAUUUUUAAAACGCUAUACGAAAUACUUUUCCGCGCGACCUGAUCGAAUUAAUACUUUCCGAGAUUCGCUAUCUCGGAAAGUAUUAAUUAAAUUUUUUUCGGAAUUUGUUUUUCGGACAAAAAAAAAUGAUACAUUCUCGUUAUUUUCGGUGGCAAUACCGCCACUGUCCACUUUCGACGAAGUCUCGGUUCGGUACAUUUCGGUGUUGACGUUUUUAAUUUUCGUCGACCCGUCGACGAGAUAUUAUUUCACAAACGAAAUCGGGCGUCGCGUGACAAUUCGGUAUAAGCUAAUAGUUCCGAAUAUUGACGAAACCGUCAAUUUAACUUAUUAAAAUAAACGCGUUUGUUUAACCGGUGCGUCAUUCAAGAAGAUUUAAAAACUAAAUUGCACAGUUCAUCUACCUGCCCGAGUACCCAUUAGCAGUAUGGGUUCAUUAUAUUUUCUUUGCUUUUGACCCGUCGACAUUUAAUGCCGUUUAACAAAUCUAAACCUCUCGCGAUGCGUGAUCUGCCGUCAUUUCAGUUAUCGUUGCCGGCGUUUCGACCGUAUCCCACAACAACAACAACAACAACAAUAAUAAUAAAUUCGAUUUAUCCCGGGCGCGUGCUGGGCGGCGGCGUUACUUUCACUCGGUCCGGCAACGGCGGCGGCGUAAUCACGUGCCAAUUAUUAUUGUUAUUAUUAUUAUUAUUAUUAUUAUUAUUAUUGUCUUGUCGGGGCGGCGCUACCGCGGACGACCACCGCGUUACCAUAAUCGCGAACAUAACCUACAUGUAGGUCACAUCGUCACAGUGAUUACUUACGAGAACGAGUAUCUCAUUAAGAAGCUCGUCUCGGCGCAUAAUGAUAUUAUUGUUAUUAGUAUUUACCAUUAUAUUAAUUGAUGUGCGUUUCUGCCGUGUGUAUACCCGUAAGUACAGGCACCCACCGGACAAUAUUGUUUUCCAUUUCGAUUAGAAAAAAAAAAAAAAACCAUGACUCUUAAAAAAUGUCAUACAAUAUGAGCUCUCCCGACGACGACGACCUCUCGUACUCGUACUCGUAGCUAUACACCAUCAAUAUACACGAGGCUAUAAUAUCAUUAUAGAUUAACAAUAGACCGAUCGUAAAUUCGUCGAUAUACGUUGUCGUAGUAGUCGGUUAUGAUUAAUUUUAUUGAUGCGAGCGAUGCGCAUAGGAUCUAUAGUAUUUUGAUCGAUCGACCGGAGCAUGCGCAAAGUGAUUUAAAAGAAUGUCGAUUGUGAGAUCGGAGGAUUAUUAUAUCUAAUAUUAUCGAAACACGCGCGUAGAAUCGCGAAUCGACGAAAACCGCAAUAACAUACCCGGGCGUUUAUAACGGAUACACAUAAUUAAUAUGCCCGUUAGGUUCGCUAUUCAUAGAUUAAGUUAGGUCGCCUAAAGUGCUUGGAGCGGCGGCGGCUGCGGACGAACGGUCUCCUAAUAUUAUAAUAGAUCCAUUAUUAUUUAUUUGUUUCGUCAAUCCUAGGCGUAACCCUCAAUUUAUAAUUAUACUUCGUAGGAGGAACCGUCGACCGUCUUUAUUUGUGCUACCAAGGUAUUUUUUUUUCCAAGUUUGCAAAAACUUAAAGAAUUCGGUACAAAAAUGUGAUAAGAAAAAAAAAAAUGUUAAUACUGUUGAUGGAUGCGCGUCUUCCCACAUCGCCGAAUCCCAUUUUGCAAAUAAACCGGUUUUAUAAGAUAUUAAAAAUCUUCCUAUUUCGCCGACAAACAAAUCGGUUAUACUACUAUUUUGAAAUGAAAUAUCAAAUAAAUUCAUCACUCAAAAUUUCAAAUAUAAAAGUACAUUUACGUAUAGAUUACUCUUCUCUGCAUAAUUAAUAACGCUGAUGAUACAAUUAAUUGUUCUUAUUAUAAUUUUAAAAAAAAAUUCAAUGUUAAAAAUAUAAAUUUAUUUUUGUGUUAUAAUACAAUAGAUAAUCACGUGGAGAUAAUAUAAAAAUCACUUUUUGUUGAAUGUAUUGUUAUGUAGAAUAGGUAAUACUCAUCUAAAUAAAAACAAUUUUGAAUUAAUAAUUAUAUUGGUAACGUCCGUUCAAUAAUAAUAAAAAUCUAUUAAUAAUAAUAGUAAUUAAAAAUUGUUUUAAUUGCGUAAAUACUGAGUGAUUUAAAAAAGUAGGACAGUAAUUCCGAAUGCUUGUCUCGCUUCAGCUACCUUUAUAAAUAUUAGUAUUUUAAACAUAUUAAUAAAAAAAAUUUUUUUAAAUUUUAAUACUUUCCUAAAACUGAAUAAAAUCAUCACGUAUCACCGUUGUUAUAUGACAGUUUUAAAUUUUUUUCAUAAAUUAUUUUGUUUUUUGGAUCACUGGGAAAUUCGAUUAAAAAUAGUUCAUCAAAUUAAUGACACGUAGCGAGGGAUCUUGGUUUUACUAUGAUGUAGGUUUUUUUUUCAGAUUAAAAAAUUUACAAUAAUAAUUAUUUUAUACUUUCAAUUUUGUUUAUUUUGUUGUGAUCAUUCAGUCAAAAAUAUUCGUAACCUUGACAUUUCGACAAAACAAAUUUUAUUUUAUUUUUCUUAACGUGGUAAAUUGUUGAGGUAUUUAUAGACAUUUUAAUUUUGCGAGUUUUUUUAUAUUAUUUUUAUUUGUCAGGAACUAUGUAGAUAAAAUUAUUAGCCUAAAUAAAAAUUCUUGAAAAUUAUAAGUGUUUAAAAACCAAAUUUUAACGAACAUCGUAAAUAUUACAGCCUUUCAAAAUAUUUCUAACCGAACUUUGCUCCGAAUUGUUUUUCGUUAGCAAUGAUUAAUCGUUGGUUACAGGUAUAAAUUAAAUAAAUGUAUGCAUCCCACCUUCCCAACUACCUUAACUCCUAAAAUGGUAGCACAUCCAUUCCCAGUCUCAGCUUUUUUAAAAUUUUAAGUUCAAUGUUGAUUUAAUCGAUGUUUUGUUAUGUGAAGUUCUAAAAAAAAGGUUUAACUUUCCAACCCAGGCACGUAACCAGAAAAUGUCUAGUAUGGUGGCCAACAACUUUGGGCCUUUUCAUCAUUGUUUUCUUCUCCCUAAUAGUAUCCCUUAGGCGGUAUCCCAUAUCAAGAAACUGACUAAUUUAAAAAUUAAACCUUUGGUUGGUUAAAAAUCAAUUUUUUUCGUAUCAAAUAUACCAAUAAUUGGUUAAUAAUUACAGAAUUACAAAUAAUCAUUAGAAACUAUAAUUUUUUAAAAAAAAAACAAUAUUUCCAUUAUAGAGAUACAUUUUUCAUGAUGUAAAUAAUACAUUUUUUUAGAUCAUAGGUUGAUUUAAUUUUUCAACUUUUAAGCUAUUAAGAGAAAUUAAUUCACAUCUUAAUACUAAUAAAAACUAAGUGAUAAACGAUUUUUAAAUUAAAUUAAAUUUAUAAACAAUGACAAAUGGAGUUAAAAAAGUACAAAUACAAGUAAAAAAUAAUAGAUAUAACCUCGCAUGAUAGGUGGGCUACUGUUAAAGAUGAAAAGUUAGAAAGUUAACAUAAAGUGGGGAAUUUAGUUUAUAACUAUUCGCAACGAUUAAUUAAUGCUAUCGAAAAAGGUUCUGAGCGGAGUUCGUUUUUACAUGUUUUAAAGACCGUAAUAUUUAUGAUUUUAAAUUUAAAUUCUUAUAAUAAAAAAAAUGUAUUACAUUCAAUUUUUUUUUUUUUUUUUGACUACAAAGUUCCACUUAUAAUAUAUACCGUUUGGAAAACAAGGAAAUGGGUACAAUAUUAAACAAAUAUUAUUAAAGAAAAUAUUUAAUACAUAUCUAAUUAUUUUUAUAUUAUAUGACGUAUAAUUUAUAUUGUUGAAAAAGCAACACUAUCAACCGAUUUCCGCUCAAAAUCGUUUUUUCUUUAGCAAUUGUUAAUUGUUGUUUACAGAAUUACAUUCAAUUUCGGCUCUACUACCUUCCCAACUUUCCACCUAUAACAGUGGCUGCACCUGUCCCCAUUAUCCUAGGACAAGUAUUUAUACACGCAUAAAAACUUACAAAAUACUUCCAAAAAAAGGCUGAUAUGCUUACUAUUAUUCACUUUUUAUCUAUCAUUUUACAUUUAAAAUUACAAUUAAAAUUGAGUGUAUUUACUAUUUAUAUUAAAUUGUAACAAUAAAGACUAAAAUGAUGUUAUAUAUUUUUUUUUUAAUGGGAUUAUGUUAUAAGAACUGAGAAAGUCACUAUUAUACCAAUGUUUUUACGUUACAAAUAAUUGUUUAAUUUAAUUUAGUAGGUAAUUAAUACAGUACUAUUUUUUAUAAUAAUUUAUUCAAACAUUUAUCCAUGUGUAAACAUGCUAAUUGUAACUAUCAAGAAAAAACUUAUUUCGACUAAAAUAAUAAUUAUUAACAGUAAUCAUAUUAACAACAGAUUAACGUUGUCGGUAGGUAAUAUUAUGUGAUCGAAAUAAAUAUAUAGGACUGGAAAAUAAACUUAAACUAGUUUUCAGUCGGACACCACGUUAGUCCAUGCACGUUUUUGUCAUUUCGAUAAAUAAGGAGGCUAAAUGUGAAAGUUUGAUAACACAACAUUCGUCACUUAAGCCAAAUACCUAAUCAUCUAGUAUAUACAAGUAUAAUAUUAGCCGAAGUGAAUUAUUAUUUGUAGAAAUUAUUAUUCUAAAUAUAAUUUCUCCGACGACACAAAUUGCGCAGCGUACGUAUCAAAUCAAAUAUAAAUAUACAAUUUUAGAUUUGAGUGUAGGUGUUUAAUAAAACGCGAGUGUGCAAAGUAUGAAAACACAAGAAUAUAUGUGUUUGAAUAUAAGGCGUCCGCGGAUCCGUUUUUUAACGUUUUUUUCUUCUUUUACUAACGUACAUACAUUAUUGUAUUAUUAGUGAUUUAAUAGUUUUUCAUCGACUCGAUAAUUAAUAAUAUGCGGCAUUACAAUACAAAGUAUGUCUGCACGAUUUGACAAUUAUUUUUGCAAUCGUCAAAUCCUCUAGAUACAUCCUGUAUAAUCCAUCUCGUGUCACGUACGCACAAUAUGCGACAAUCACGUAUCUAGUUGUAGAUCUCGAAAAGUAUAAUAUAUAGAUUCAGGCAUACGUAGUCUGUAAACAAACAAUAAUAUCAGUUAUACUAGUGACAUUUUUUCAAAAAUACUAGCACGUAAUACGUCAUUGGUAUACGCGUCUUAACUUAGUAUACAUUUGUCGCAAACUGAAAUGAUUUCAACAUAAUAAUAUACUCGUAUAUCAAGUAGAGCGAUUAUUAAACAAACAUCACAAUGUAGGUUUAUCGGUUAAAACAUUUUUUUUUUACACCUAUCAUCGCGGAUUUAGAACAAAAUAUUCGUACAUUUCAAUUUUUUAUUCAACUCACAAAAUGAAAUUGUGUCUAGAAAAUAUUUAUUUCUCACUAACUAUAUAUAUAAGAAUAUAUAUCGCGUGGAAAUAAAACUGACCCGUCCUCUAAUAAAACGAUGAGUAAUAUUAUGCGGUUUUCCAGGGAGCUGAACGAACUACGAAAACCCUCGUCAGAAAACCCGGAGAUAUUACGGUUUUUCAAGUACAUGAAAGCCGCCAAAGACGGCCAAGAUAAUCAAGAAUGCGAGAUGGUCUUCUCGGCGUGCGUGUCGCAAAGGUCGCCGGACGACUCGGUGCCCAUGGUAACCACGUACAACGAGAUCAACAAACUAGUGCAUGCCAGGAAUGCCAAGAGACUGCUGCAGUCGGAGGUGGAGGAGACGGAGAAAUUGUCAAAAGUCGCCCAAGUCAAGUCCGCGGAAACAACGGCCGUCGGCGGCGAGUCCACGGGAUCGACAUGAAAGUAAGUGGCUAAGCUGAGGCUGAGAUUAAGGAUAGCGAUUGGGCUAAGACUGAAUAUUUUUCGAGGUGUAUUUAAACGUGUCACUGCAUACUUGAAGUACAAUACAACUUGUUUUCCAUCGAACUCCACCAACUGUCUAGCAAUAUCGAUUAUAAUUUUAUUGAUGACUGCGUUUUGUCGGUUUUAUUUCAUGUGUAGUUCUGCACGGCACGUACUAAGCACUACAUACCUAAAUGUAUUAAUAACUGUUGAAAUUCGCUUUAACAAAACCUAACAAUUGUCUAACAAGUUCGAAUAAAAUUUAUUAGAGCGGGUGUUUUGCAGUGUUUGUAGUGUAGGUACGAUUGCGCAGUAAUAUAAAAUAUUUUUUUUUAUUUUAGUAAACUUAUUACUAGAAAAUGAAUAUUUUCAAGUCGAUAUAAAUUUCAAUUAAAAUGUUUCGUUAAAAUUGCCUAUACACGACCCCUAAAAAUACUGGGCGUGGAACACUUCGUCGACAACUUCUCUAUUACUACAAACUUUUUCCGGUAGGCAGGUAUAUAAUAUAAUAUCAUUAAUAGCGAUUCUCUUUUGGUUUUUUUCUUUUUUCAGGUGAAUACCACAAAUACGAUAUAGAUAAAUUAUUUUUUUUCCGCGACGCGACGUACGCAUUCAAAGUCAUUAGAAAAAUUAGUGCGACGAUCAUAACACGUCUCGUCCACAGCUCAAGUCUAGUUUUUAGUUGUAUUUAUGCGGUCAGAUUAUAGUAUUAUAGUGAACAGUUGCGUUUGAACGUGAAAAUUCAAAUUAUUAUAUUAUGUAUGUAUAUUAUGUAUUAUGUAUUAGGUGUAGAUUUAAUUUAUUAUUUACAGAUCGCCACUUGUUGGCUAUAAAAUAUUACGACAAUACACACGCGCGCCCCAUUGGCGGAUAUCAAAUUCCCACAUAACUAAUUCAAUGAUACAAACUAUUCGUGGUUAUUAACAACGUUUUAAAAAUAUCACUUUUAUUUUGUACGGUAUGUACCUGCCGUAUAAUUGUCAUAUAACCACAUAGCGAUUUACAUUUCUAAACUAGGUAUAGGAUUUGAGAGAAAAACAACGUAUUUUUCUAAAAAUUUCGUGACAUAUCGUUAUAACAAUAGUCGAGGGGAAAGUAUUUUUCUGCAAUAUAAUGUUUAUCGUGUUUGUAAAACAAGAUCAUUAAACUAAACGAUUCUAAUGUAUGGUGCAAUAAGGAAUGCUAUAAUUACAAAUCACUGAAAAUCUUUGUACAUAAAUGAUCAUCGGUCCGUCAUAAAAAUGUACACCUGUGUGUAUCCAGAGGCGCGGAUCGAGAGAUCACAAAUGGGGAUCAGCUAAAUCGAGCUAUGUUUUUAACCUCUGCCUAUGUAUUUAUUUAUUGCAAUUUAAAUAACAAAAAGUUAUGUAAUUCGAUCGUUUUAUUUUGUAUUUAACCGGUUUUCCAUUUUCAUUCAUCCAGGCUUUUUUUAAUACAUUUAAUAAUAUAUUUGACGAGAAUGUAUUAAUUAUAAUUAUUAACGAUAACGUGUUUUCGAACCCGCCUAAUGCAUCAGUUUUUAGCUGCUGAACUACAUUAACAAAGAUACGCAAUCGCCAAUUGGUUAAGUACAUCGGAUAUUGAUGUUAGAACUUAUUCGUGUAACGAUAAGUGAUGAUAUUUUGAAAAUUCUUUUUUUGUUAUUAAAAGUCUAAUAAAUAGUUUAAAUACUUAACGGGAUUAUUUUUUACGACUUGGACAAAGUUGGAAGAGAGGACUUAAGUCUCUUAGCUCCCCCCCCCCUUCCUUGGAUCCGUGCCUGUGAAUAUAUUCAUAAAUUAAGUUAAACCUAUUAACUUAUUGCAAUGUUCAUCUCUCUUCGCCUCUGAAAUUUACCUCCAAGUGUAUCCGCCAAAACGGAAACGUGUUUAUUGAUUAUAAUAUUUUAUUUGUCCUCGUCGUCACCACGUGAACAUAACAUUUCGAUAAUUUGUCGUCUGUGUUUUCGGCCGUCAAAAUAUUUAUGUUUUUUUUUUUUUUUUACAAAGUCAACAAUCAAAUUAUAUAGUCGUCGACAGAUUCAUUGAAUUUUAUGUUUUCGACGACAGUAUAGCUAGCUGAAUUAUUAUUUUCCCUUUUAUUCAUCAUAUCCCGAGUUCCAAACUCAGCGUGUCCAUAUAUAUUUAUUUAUUUACUUAUUUAUUUAUUUAUUUAUUUAUUUAUUUAUUUAUUUAUUUAUUUAUUUAUAAGUUCAACUUAAAUAUUAUUGUAGCUCGUUUCUAACAACGUCUUAUACAAUACCUUCAAACAUUACUUAAAUACAUUAUUUUCAUAUAGUUAUAGUUCAAUAUUGUGUUAGUUUUUCUAAAGAACUUUACUAUUAGAAAUCACUACUUUUAGCAUAAUAUUUUUAUUUUAUUUUGUUAAUGAUGUGCAAAACGAGUAGGUAGUCGAAUUUACAGACUGCAACAUUACUUCUCGGUAUAAUUUAACCAUUCUUCAUUAAUAGUUUACAUUAUGUAAAUUUAUAACUAAUUGAUCACCGUAUUACUUUUGAACGUCUUCGAAUACCACAUUCGUCGCAAAUAACCCUCAUCACGGAUGAAUGUAAUAUAACAACAUAAUAAUAUAAUCAUUGCUCCGUAUUGUACUUAAAUUACAUACCUGCGUACAUAUGAAAUUAAUUAUUAGUCAUAUUGCCUAUGCCAGAUGAUCCAUUUGUAUAGUGCUUUGUAUAGACAUAAUAUUUUGUUUACAUGAUAUAACGAAGAUUUUUUUUUUGUACUAUUUAAAGGCUAUUAAAAAAUUUUGCGAGACAAGUGGACACUAUUUCAAUUCCAAAUUUGUAUUAUACCGUCAGUAGUAACAUUGAUAUUCGAAAACAUUACAUUUUUCUUAUGUGUAUUAAUUCAAUAACGAUAUCCGGUGUUCGCACAAAGCAAAACAUAAACAUUUUUACGGAAAAAAAUGUUUUUAUUCCGAAUAUGAAUAGUACGAAUUUGACAGCAAGGGUAAGCAGGUAACUGGAUAUUAUGAAAUACAAUUGGUUUUGCGAAAAAGUGCAGUAUUAAAAAUAUUAAACUAUAAAAAAAUCUAAAAACACGCAAAGUUAAACCGUGAAAAAAUAAUAAGUUUAUCGAUGUUAAACGGAUCAUCUAGUAUACGGUUACUAUAAUUAUGGGUAUAAUUAUUAUUUUAUAUAAUGACCAUAGAAUAAUACUGCGUAAACUCCAAAAUAAUUGUAUGUAUUUACUACCUAUAUAGCCAUACAGAUAAUAUGUAGCUAAAAUAUUCUAUGAUAAAUAAUUGUACCUUGUUAUAGGUAAUCAUUUUCAAAUACACCAUAUAUUAAUUAUUGUUAUUAUUAGUAGUAAAAGUAGUAUUAGUAGUUAGGAAUUUUGUGUAAUUAUUAAUUUGUGCACUAAUCAAACACAGUUGAUUAUAUAGGUAAAUAUUACGUAUAUUAUUAUCAUAUAUAUAUAUUUAUUUAGAUAUAUAUUUAUAUUGUAAUCGAAUUUAAAAUUGUAUUGUUUUUUUUUUUUCCUUUAUAUAUAUAUACUCUUUAAAGUCAAAAAAUUGAUCAUCAAUCGCGAAAGAAUGGUUUAUGACUUUUGCAAAACCAAAUUUAACAAUAUUUUAAUAAUAAAGGUUGAAUAAUAAUAAUAUCAAUACGGUCAGUUUUAUGAUUUCGUUUUCUUCCCAGACACAAUGCGUGUCCCCCAAUCGUAUCCAAUCGUCCGCGAUCGUAACGAUACUGAAUAAAAAAUGUACCUAGCUAUAUCAGUAUUUUUAACAAACUAGAUUCAACUUUGUUCUGUUCUAUGGAAUUGAACAUUAUUUCAGUUGUAACCGUUAGUAAUUGUGUACUAUUUCCAGUUUUCAACUUCUUCCGAAACCAGGAUUUAGUGUUCAAUCCCUGCCAAUUACUGAAUCG